AUGUAUGUGAAAUGCUUUGAUACAGUAAUGUUUUACUAUGUGAUUUUAGUGAAUGUCACUUUUUGUCAUUUUCAAAUUUCCAGCCGUUCCGUGCCUAUACAUCCCGACGCUCGCAGGGGACGGAACCCAGAUGACAGAUGCCGGCAUCCGCCGGAGGACAUUACAGGGGACACUGCAGGAGGGACACUGCGGGAGCGCAGGACAAGGUAAGUUAUCGAGGGAUCGCGGAGCAGCGCCGCAUGGUAAGCCCGAGUGUAGCUCGGGGAUACCGCUUUUGCUACACUCGGGAAUACCGCCAUGGGGGUUA